UUGGUCACUUUGAGACACCACUGUUUGUUGAGUUGUGCAAACACAUGGAGACAAAACUGAUUCCAGCCGGUGCCGGAAUUCUUCCCAACGGACAGAUCGAUGAAAGUAUUUAUGUGGUACAAAGUGGGCGACUCAGUGUGUUCUUACAGGACAAGGAUGGAUCAGAGCACUGCUUGAAGGAUAUCUGUACUGGAGAGAGUAUUCACAGUUUGUUGAGUAUUCUGGAUGUGCUCACUGGACACUCGGCUCCUGUCAGUGUUUCAGCACGAGCUGUCGAGACGACCACAGUUCUGAAGCUGCCAGCGAGCGCAUUCAAGUAUCUCUUUUCUAAAUAUCCAGACUCUCUUGUACGAUUCGUUCAGAUUAUCUUGUUGCGUCUUCAACGUGUAACUUUCCUUGCAUUACACAAGUAUCUGGGACUAAGCAGCGAACUAAUUAAAUCGGAAGUUGGGAGUACCCAGAAGUCGACUGUUGGUACUCAUUUUGAGGGUACUGAGAGUCAUGCUGGUCGGAGAGCGGUGUUUGACUUGCCAGGUGAGAGUGAGGGUGAGGAGUCAUCAGAUACUGAACCUGAGAGGGAUAUUGAUCAGACGUCUCCCACAAUCAACAUGUCACAUCCAAAUGCUCCAGCAGCUUAUCCAAUCAACGAUCAACCUCUCCCAUCACUAAGUGACCGUCAACGUUCAAUCUCCGUUCCUAUCGAAAUAAACAAACUCCAAAACCUUUCUCAAGGAACACAACAUGAAGACAACAACACAAUACGAGGCAGCCAUCCGGAUCUCUUGGUUGCAAGCUCGGGAUCGGACUUUGAAUUGGCGUAUGAAAAGGCAGGAUUGCGAUGUCGACUGAAAGAGACGCUGUCAGUCGGACAUGUUAGCGAUGUGGGCAGCACUGGAAAGUUUCAACUGGGGGACGAGUCCGAGUCGAAUGAAGACGAACGCGAAGUGUUUGUGAUGCAAGAGGAGACAGACGUUGAGCAGGUUCCAUCACCGGAAGAAUCAGAUCCUGCACUAAAGGCAGCUGUACAGCGACUGGCAAAGGCAAUCCAACUGUCAGAUGCAGACGAUCAUUUCCUAGCGGGAAUCUGUUCGCUGUCAAAUCUCCCAGAAAGGAAGGUUAUCGUGAAGGAAGGAAGUCUGGAUUCUUCUCUUCUGUUUGUUCUAUCUGGAUCAUUAGAAGUCGUCCAACUGGCUGUAGAUAAGACUGAAGAGCGUUUCAUGUAUGCCGUUGAGCACGACGAGCUUGCUGGAGAGUUAGCAGUUGUUACUGGAGAGCCGAGCUUUUUUACUAUUCGUGUUCGGCAGCAAGCAAGUUUGUUAAUAAUCACCAAGGCUAAUUUCUAUCGUCUUUUGCGCGACCACCCACGUGCUGUGCUGAGCGUCGCCUAUAUGUUCAUUCAAAGAAGUUGCAACUUUGUCAGACAAAUAGACUACGCGCUAGACUGGAUGCAGCUGCAAGCAGGCAAAGCACUCUACAGGCAAGGAGAGCGUGCGACGAAUUGCAACAUUGUGUUGAGCGGACGACUACGAAGCGUCGUGAAACGGGAAAACGGCGAGAAAGAGAUUGUGGCCGAGUACGGGAAAGGAGACUCAGUCGGAGUGGUCGAACUGCUGACACAUUCUGAGAGAGCUACGACUGUUCAUGCGGUGAGAGACACGGAGUUGGCUCAGAUACCGGACGGGUUGCUCAAUACGAUCAAACGGAAACAUCCGCAGGUUGUCACACAUUUGAUUCAUCUGCUUGGAAAUAAAUUGUUGUUUACAUACCAGAAAGGAAGUAGAGUAAUGCAGGAACCACUAUUAGGAGAUCGUCCUCAAACUGUCAACCUCACAACUGUAGCCGUUGUUCCUGUGUCGAGUGAUGUACCAUUGGAUAGCUUCACUCGAGAGCUUAACAUGGCACUCAAUACUAUAGAAACCAGUUUGCGUCUGACCAAACAGCUGGUGCUCGAUAGGUUUGGUGUUCAAGCAUUUGACAGCAUGCAAGAAUAUCGACUAUUGAAUUGGUUAGGGCAGCAGGAGGACAACCAUCGUAUUGUUCUUUAUCAGACUGAAUUUUCUAUGUCACCGUGGACUCAUCGCUGCAUCCGACAAGCAGACUGUAUAUUGAUUGUUGGUCUUGCGGAUUCAGAUCCGGCUCCAGGAGAGAUUGAGUCGCAGUUGGAACAUAUCUCAGUGCGGGCUCAAAAGGAACUCGUUCUGCUGCAUCGAAAAGACAGUCCCGGUCCGUGUGGAACACUUGAUUGGUUAGCUGCACGUGGCUGGUGCUCGGCCCACUAUCAUAUUAGAUGUCCUGACAGGAUUCUACAGGGAGAUCCAUCUCCGCGUUUGACAAGAAAGAAAUUAGCGGAAUCUGAUGGACGGUCUGAUUUCGCUCGUCUUGCUCGCCAUCUGACAGGCACGUCUAUUGGUCUUGUGUUAGGAGGAGGAGGAGCAAAGGGCUUUGCUCAUGUGGGAAUACUCAAAGCUCUUGAAGAAUAUGGGAUACAAUUUGAUAUGGUUGGCGGCACGAGCAUCGGAGCUUUCAUUGGAGGAUUAUAUGGUCAAAACCAGGAUGCAGACAAACUACGGGAACUCAUCCGUCCGUGGUCGAAGAGAAUGGCGGCGAAGUUGGACAAACUGUUUGAUCUGACGUAUCCAAUUACUGCCAUGUUUACAGGUGGUGCACUGAACAAACUAAUACGAGACAUGUUUGGAGAGAAGAGGAUUGAGGAUUUGUGGCUGCCAUAUUUCUGCAUGACAACGGACUUGAAUACAUCAAAACCUCGUGUGCAUCAGCUGGGGACGAUAUGGCCGUAUGUGAGGGCAAGUAUGUCCUUGGCUGGUUAUAUGCCACCACUGUGUGAUCCUGACGACGGUCAUUUGCUUGUGGAUGGAGGCUAUGUGAACAAUUUGCCUGGUAAAAUGUCGAGCUUUGAGCUAGACUUGUUAGGCAGACAGGAUGUCAGCCGAUGUAAUGAGAAGUCACGGUGCAAAGACAGUCAUAGCCAUAGACGUUGGAGCCGUCGACGACAGCAACCUGACAAACUACGGCGACACUCUAUCCGGAUGGUGGCUUCUCUUCAAGAGGUUCCAGACAUGGCGGAGAUUCAGUCACGUUUGGCUUAUGUGUCGGGUAAUCGUCAGUUGGAGGAGGUGAAGGCAAUGACCGACUGUUUCUACAUGAGGCCGCCAAUCGACAAAUAUAAGACGUUGGCAUUUGCACAAUAUGAUGACAUUGAAGCCGUCGGAUAUCAUCAUGGCAAAGCCAUCAUUUCCGGCUGGAACGACGGAGCCACUAUCACUCAAGCAUCAUCAAUCCAGCCGCAAAAAUCAAGAACCAAAUCCACUCUGACGUCGGUUCGUUCGUUUACCGACUUGGCCGAGAUGGCCAGCAAGAUCGAACCACCUCGUGUACCACCCACUGCUCACACUGUGCCGUACAUCAGCAGUUCGGACGACAUGGACAGUGGAGAAGACGGUGGAGCAUCGGGAUCGUCAGCUCAACACAACGGGUGAAUGCUAUUCAAACAGUUUGUGAUGUGACUGACAAUCAAGUUUGUAUCUUCAUCACUUUUGCUUAUUACGUUUGUUACGACGAGGUAUUGAGUUAUUGAGAGACAACCCGGAAAUGCCGAUUUAUUGCUAUACAGUUUGAUUGUAAUGAAUAGUGAAGCAUAAAAAAUGAUUUAAUUGAUAUCAA